CCUUAACUGUCUGAUGAAAUGCUGUUACUGUGAGCUUGGCAAUGAGAAAAAGCAGUGAGGCAGUAGAAAUAAAACACUAAAAAAAAAGGUGAAUGACACCCAAUCGGAGGAGAGUUGAAAGAGUUAAACGCCUGAUUUAAAAUAAGAAAUCAGAGUUCACCUACAGAAUUAUUUGUUUUGCGGUAAUAAUUGGUUGUGCAACACAGCAAGUCCGGUCAGUGACAGCAAGGCUACGAGUACAGCAAAAAAGAAAAUGGCUUUCGGUUCAGUGUGCCACCAGGAUUCCGGCUUUUUACUGGGGUCUUCUCUCCUCACAUCCAUCUGUACGAAGCUGGCAGCCCGAAUGAAGCUCGUUAAUAAUUAUUCUCAGGUUAAUUUUGCCGAAGCAAGUGCCAGAGAGAUGGAGGUCUGCGCACACUUGGAGCAAAGCCGACCAGCUAACUGCUGCUACGAGACGCAUACCGGCUCCUGCUAACUAAAAUGGACUUUGAAAAAAAACUUAGAAAAAUAUUCGACAUAUUGUGGACUGUAAUAAUGGAGCUUUGCGGUUUUAUUUUUUGAAAUUAAAAUCGAGUCGAGGAAGUAUUGGCAUAUGGAACGUUUUUUUUUUUUUGUAAUUAUUUAAAAAUAAACUUAAGGGAUUUAAAAUAUAUAUUUUAAUGUUUAUUUAAAACUUUUUUUUUUUUUAGCGCGUCUGAACAGAAAAUAUAUCGUAUAUUAAGUUUAUCUGAAAUUUAAACUAAUUUUCACUAUAUAUAAAUGUACUAUACUAUAAAUUUAUACUAUUAUAGUUAAGUCAAAAUGUUUAGUCACAGAAGAGUGAACUCUGACGGACUGUAUACAAAAGAGCUGACUGGACCCAGUAGCUCGACCCGGCUUGGGGUGCCCUCUCAUGAGCCUGGAAAUCAGGAUAGCUCGUGGAUUGGAUUUUUCUCUUCAAUUAUUUCAAGGCCGAAUUUCUCCUUCUUGCAAAGAUACCUACCCGGGCGGCCUCGGACACAGAGCCAGUCCAGCAGCGGAACUGGGUGGGUCAGCGAGGAGUUUUUUAAGCAAAGCCUAGCAUGCGAGCAGAUGUUUCUAGCCCGACUUGAGGAGGAUUGUAUGCAGACGGAGCACAGUCCUCCUGUCGGCUUGUUGCAUUAUCAACAUGGUAGCAACUACUGUAACGGCGGCAGCCAGGAACCAUUUUCUCUCCAGUCAACCGGCACGUCUCUCGACUGGUUUACCAAGGACGGCCUCGGAGUAAUGGGGAUACACGGAGCCAGAGAUACAGACAUGUAUUCGAAAGACCCGGUCCCUACGAAUGCAUAUGCAGAGAGGCAUUAUUUAAACCAGGUUUUUGUCAACGUUAUGUCGGCACAGGACGCCAAGAGCGGCUAUGAGAUGAGCAAGAAAGGUCCGAUUUUUGAAAGGGACAAUCCGACAUGGGUUUCAUCAGGCGCAGCGACGGCAGGGCAGGUAAAACGAAGCUGGUGGGAACAUUUCUGGGGAACUGAUUAUAACAGUACCGCUGGUAUUGGUGCACACGGAGCAGAGCUUUCGGGUAGAUCUGGACCAGUGCAACAGAGUAAAGAAAAGGUCAGUACAGGGUUUCAAAAGCAGCUGCAGCCGAGUCCUGUAGCCAUUGUUUCAAUGCCUCCGGUUCACAUUGUCCCAAGUGAAGGGGAACCUUUGUGUACGAAAAACGCUGGAUAUCAGUUUCACAAAGUGCCCCCUCCUGACAAUGCAAGCUCACAAACGGCCUUACCGGAACCUCUUGUCGCUGAAAAGCUCCUGUUAGCGUUUGGGAGGCCCUGUGCUUGUGCGGCUGUUACAGCCACUGCCACAUUCAGCACUGAGGCAGUAGUGCUGACCCCAGACCAGGACAAUGGGUACUCCAGCUGGGAGGAGGAGCAUUUUGGCUCCAAAAGCCACAAAAUGGAGGCUUGUUGUACAAGCCAGGUCUCCUCUGAGGCUGUCAGGACUGAGCAGCAGAGCUGUGCGGAGGUGGGGGAGCCCCUCAUUUGUGUGAGCAAUGGCAAUCUGGGCCCCGAGGGGGAGAUGGAACAGAGGGAUAUAGGAGGUGCCACUGUGGCCUGUGAUGACUCAAAUGUGGAAGCACACAUUGAGGUCGCCAGUCAAAGCCUGCCUGUUCUCACCAGCCCCCAGUGCCAGAACAAGACCAUUGCAUUUAUCAUGGGCGCCCCCUGUAGUGAGGAGAGCGAGAGUGAGUCAGAAUCAGACCUGGACUGGGAUAGUGAUGAUGAAGAUGAUGAUGAUGAUGAUGAUGGGUUCAGUAGUGAGGGGUCGUCUGACUUUUCCGAAUCAGAGGAGGAAGAGGGUGGGACAGAGGAAGCAGAAAAAGAAAUGCUGUGGAAUUCUUUCAGUCAGAGCAGGGAUCCCUACAACCCCCAAAACUUUACCGCUGCAAUCCAGACUGUUAAACCCAGAGCUCCCUUUGAGGUAGAUGUAACUGCUACUUCUACAGAGGAGGAAGUGACAGAUGCAGAGUGCUCCCCAGGGUCUCAAAGCCCAUGGGAUUCUGAGGAUGACCACAGCAGUUGUGAUGAAGCAGAGAGUCUCAAACUAUGGAAUUCAUUCAGCUGCAGAGGGGACCCCUAUAGCCCCCUGAAUUUCAUGGUUCCCAUCAGUACUAAACAGGUAAGGGAGCGGUGUAGCAGCCCCUUGAUUAGCAAGCAAAAAGCGGGCAAGAGAGCUCCUUCACCCUGCAUGCAGACGGUGGAGGCAGAGGAAAGACUGGACAGCGGCUUCUCCGAGACCUUCCACAUUGAACAAGCGCAGAAGACAAGCAACAGAUGUGGCAAGCAAAAAAAGGUGAUGUUUGUGGACGAGGUAGAAGAGUUCUAUGCCAGCUGUGAUGAAGAUCGCCGUGGCCCCUGGGAAGAAUUGGCCCGCGACCGCUGCCGCUUUCUGAGGCGGGUCCAGGAAACAGAAGACGCAGUUGGAUGCUGCCUUGCGCCAGCCCACCGGCAGAAGGUCUUCGAAAGACUGUAUGAGAAAUGCUGAGUUUCGGGG